AUGCAGCUCUCGCGCACCCGGCUAAUAUGUCGCGCCCAUAACCGCUUCAAUCCGUCAAUCGCGCUAUGGCAGCACUUUGUGCAGGCCAGUCCGUCAACACCCCGCGACCGGCGCCAGCUUUCUACUGCGACAGAAGCUGCACAAGAUGGCGCCAGCUCAAGUAGCAAGAACGAUGUUUCUCAGGCUCGCGAUGCCCAGGAUACCGAAGUAGUCACCGAGAAUGCAGAGGCAAAGCAAUUGCCAGUGAGGAGAAUGACCACGGUCAAAGGCCGUUGGCUAUCCAGCAAGGUCGAGGUUUCGGUUGCGAAAAAUAAACACCUGAAGCGGACAAAGCCAGAUAUCUCGAACGUCGAAUCCCAGAACCAGCUGGCGAUUGCGAGAGACGCGUUCGCAAAGUCGCAAGAUUACCAGGGUGUAGUUGUGCGGCCCAUCGUGGGCGGGAAGCCCAUCAGAGAAAGCGCGCUGCCAUGGUGUGUGAACAUGGAGGGAGAAUCAUCAAUGACAGGCAUGGAUCGGUACUUCCCCAAGCGAACCUCACUCGUAAUGCAUGCUAAGUCGAGAUCCAGUCUACAUUCAGAAAUCGUGAAAUUCUACAACUACACAAAACCCGAUCGAUACGAAACGGCCGCCCGGAGGCACCUCAUCGAACAGGUGCAGCGACAGGUUAAACAAGUCCUUCCACAAUACAACGUCGAGGUGUUUGGCUCUGAGCGGACUGGUAUAGCCAUGCCUCUGUCAGACAUAGACUUCAGGCUGGUCUUAAAGUCGCAACCGUUAGACCCCGCGAAGGUGCCAAAACUCCCGCCCGACACGAAAGAGCGGAAGAAGGGCACACAUCUUUUGCAUCAGUUAUAUUGGAAGUUGUUCAGUAAGAACGGAGCAUACCUGCUGGCCGCGGUUCGUCACGCCCGCUAUCCUCUCGUCGCCGCGCAGGACCGCAAAUCGGGCUUGGAUGUGCAGGUUGUGCUCUCAAACGAUACAUCCAUCUCGAUGGUCACCAUGCAGGAGUAUAUGGAGAAGAUACCCUACUUGCGAGAACUGUACUGGGUAGUCAAGACCUUGUUCGAUACACGAGGCCUUUCGGACGUAUUCCGGGGCGGUUUUGGCUCCUACUCCCUCUUCAUGAUGGUAGUCGCUAGCAUAAAGCAUGCACCGAAACCGCCAAAAGACUCGGCGCGUGCCCUCCUCCACUUCCUCGACUUCUGGGGCAAUUUCGACACGACGAAGCACGGUGUAUCUAUCGAACCAGCUUACCUCUUCGACAAAGUAAAACACCCUGUCCUCACGGAUGCGCGGAGGGCUCAGCUACAGAGCGGAGAAACCCAACCCCUCCCCUCGUACAUGCUCUCCCUCCGCGACCCCGCCGACGAAACCAACGACCUCGGCCGCAAAGGCAUAGCCAUCAAGCACGUCCAAGCCACCUUCCGCGAUCUCCACAAGAACCUCCUCCUCGACAUGAAAUACAACAAGCGAGCAUCCAUACUCUGCCCUCUCGUGGGCACAUCGUACAUGCUACAACUCGAACGUCGCAGGAAACUACAAAACUACGGUCGCGAGUGGGUGGAGAGGGAACAAAAGGACCUUGCGAAGCUGGCAAAGCAAGUCAGGGAAGGGACAGAGGGGCAGUUGGUGUUGGAGAAAGAGAGUGAGGUAGAAGAUUGGGACAAGGAGACUAGAGAAGCGAUGCUGAGUGGGCAAACCUUGGAGGAUAUUGAGAAAGAAGAGGCUAGACUGCGCUUAGCCAAAGAAGAGCGGGAUAGGGAGUGGCGGAGGCUCGCCGAGGAGAAGACUCAGCGGUUGAAGGAAGAAGCGCAGAACACGUCGAUACUAGACCAUGGUGAUACCAUGUCUUCGAUCCUGGGUGUGGGUAUGCCGGCAGUAGAGGAUCCGCAGACAAGUAAAGACAGUGUGGACGGACAGGGCGACGAGGCGAAGAAGGCCUAG